AGGGUCAUGUGAUCAGCUCCGUUCCCAGGGUUCCGUGAGAGCCUAUUUGCCCCACCCCACCUCUUCAAUUCUGGCUAAGAUUGCUAUGCCCUGCUCUCGGACAGAGACAGAAGGUGGAAGAAUUAACGUUUAAAAGAAAAAAUAUCAAGCCUUUGAUGGGCCGCCCGCACACAUCCAGCAGUUCGCCGAGGGACUCGCGCAAACAACGUGGAGGAAUGUGAGCGCGCGCGGCUCGCUCUCACCGGCCUUCUGCACGUGCGCGAGAGAGGUGCAGCUCGGAACGCUGAACCCGAAGCUGAGGCUGUCAGCGCCGAGGUUAAACAGCCGCGAGAUAUGUGGAAAAGCCGAUAAAUUUCUCUCGUUUGGUCGUUUUAGUGUGUUGGGAUUGUGACCGCCACUGUUUUGGGCUUGUUUUUGUUCAGUUGAAGGAGCUUCGACGCGAAAGGACGGACAUUACGCUGAAUCUCAGGAGAAGCUAAACUAACGAAGGCCCCUUGGAUUGAAGGGGAGGGGGCAGCAGCAGCCAUCACAGAAACGGGCGAAACGAGGAAAAAUUGAAUUAGUUCCUAGACAAACGCGAAUACACGGAUUUACGCCUUCUGUUACAAAAACCCGGGACAUGUUUUGAGAUUUUCGGUUCUGGCUGGGAAACGAACAGCACGAGAAAAGACAUAGUUGUAGCGAAAAUAAUUCUCGCUGGUCUUGCUAGCCAGCUAGCUCUGAUACACGGCUACCUCUGCGUGGAUCAGGGCUACAAGUAGGAAACGAGGGCCUUGUUGUGCUGAAAUGGUUCAAAUCAAACAGGACCCGUGUGUAUGUGUUUCAGUGCGGUCCAAGAAAUCGAUACGAGUUGUUUUUUCCAGCCAGUAGCUUGGGUAAAACCGUUUCGUGACAUGAGCUCGUCGUUUCUUCGGCUCUUCGUUGGAAAGUUGAGGGUGGAGGCCUCGAGUGAUCAAUGGAUGGAUAUUAAGCUGCUUUAGGACGUAAGAAUUCGCUUGUAAUCCGAGGGAAUUUCAGCGAACAUUUGUGGUCGAUCGCUCAUAUAUUUAUAUUAUAAAUAAAUAAAACUCCUCUUACCCUUUCACCCAGAACUAUGAAAACACGCAUAAUGAACUCGUUAGUCAUACAUCAAUGUCAUGGCUGAAAUGGUCAUUGAGGAAGGCUAUAGGUUACAUUGCGACCACUUCAAAGAUGUGUAGCCUAUAUGUCCUCGGCAAGUCGAGUCAUUUUGUGGAUCGAGCACAAGUAGAAUAAGCUUGUUCGUGUUUAUUAUUAUUGUUAUUAUUAUUAUUAUUAUUACUAUUAUUUUUGCCGUCGCAUUUCCCCUGGACCUCCUCUUUCGCGGGAAAGAUGGGCUGCUUGGGCAACAGCAAGACCGAGGAUCAGAGGAACGAAGAGAAGGCGCAGCGGGAAGCAAACAAGAAAAUAGAGAAACAGCUUCAGAAAGACAAACAGAUCUACAGGGCCACUCACAGAUUGCUGCUUUUAGGUCCGUCCGCAAAGGGAGAGCCAGUCUCUCUUCUCUACUACAGUGCAUCUGAAUGGAGCGAAAUCAUACGACCGCUUGACAAACAUCCAGGUGCAGGAGAGUCUGGGAAGAGCACUAUUGUCAAGCAGAUGCGGAUUUUGCAUGUUAAUGGAUUCAAUGCUGAAGAGAAGAAACAGAAGAUUCAAGACAUUAAAAACAACAUAAAAGAGGCCAUAGAGACUAUAGUUGCUGCUAUGAGUACUCUUGCUCCACCUGUCCAGGUCGCCUGUCCAGAAAACCAGCGGCGAAUUGAAUACAUCACCAACCUACCUAAUCAGAAGAACUUUGAGUUCACAUCUGAGUUUUAUGACAAUGCAAAAAAACUAUGGCAGGAUGAUGGAGUGAGGGCCUGUUAUGAGCGUUCCAAUGAGUAUCAGCUGAUCGACUGUGCACAGUACUUUUUAGACAAAAUAGACAUCGUGCAGCAGAGCGACUACACACCAUCUGACCAGGACCUGCUCAGAUGCAGAGUUCUGACCUCUGGUAUUUUUGAGACAAGAUUCCAGGUGGACAAAGUAAACUUCCACAUGUUUGAUGUUGGUGGGCAGAGAGACGAGCGUCGGAAGUGGAUCCAGUGUUUUAAUGAUGUAACUGCCAUCAUCUUUGUUGUGGCCAGCAGUAGCUAUAACAUGGUCAUCCGAGAAGACAAUCAAACUAACCGCCUCCAAGAAGCACUUAAUCUCUUCAAAAACAUCUGGAACAACAGAUGGUUGCGGACAAUCUCUGUAAUUCUUUUCCUGAAUAAGCAGGACCUCUUGGCUGAAAAGGUCUUGGCGGGAAAGUCAAAAAUCGAAGAGUAUUUUCCGGAGUUUGCUCGCUACACCACACCAGAUGAUGCAACCCCCGAGCCAGGAGAGGAUCCGCGAGUCACGAGGGCGAAAUAUUUCAUCCGGGACGAAUUCCUGAGGAUCAGCACAGCAAGCGGUGACGGCCGCCACUACUGUUACCCACACUUUACGUGCGCAGUGGACACGGAGAACAUUCGGCGCGUCUUCAAUGACUGCCGAGACAUCAUCCAGAGAAUGCACCUCCGCCAGUAUGAGCUCUUGUGAUUGGAUGAGCUCUAGAGGCAGACUUUUAAAAAGAAACAGACUUUUGAAAAUCUUGUGUUUUGGAGGAGUUUGAGAGUGAUGGAUCGUCUAAGAGCUGUGGGCUAUUGGCCCCUUGUACCACACACAUGCACACACUUUUAUCAUGCUGUUGAGGACCAAAUAUCAUGCAGUAUCCAUUUGAACCAGCAGCCCCAUUUCAAGGCAGUUAACUGCGCGCGCGCACACACACACGCACACACUCUGACUGACUGAGACAUAAUUAAAAGUUUAUUUAAAGGUCAUAUGAUCAUUUGCAUUAGUAGAUGACACAGAUGUAUCUAAAAAAAAAAAUGCUCUACCUGAAAAAAUUGUACUCCUACAAACACAUAGCUUACAGUCUUUAGUUUUGCUUCUUGGGUCAGAUCACCCACCCAUCAGAGUGUGUGUCGCAAUACAUACACACACGGCUGACCCCAGCAGUACAUGACAGUCUUGAGCUGAUUUUUGAUGGCCCCACUGCUGGACCUGAAUCACAGGAUUGUGCUUGAUUGAGUUUUCAGUUGGCUGGAUCAGCUUUAUUUGUCAUCCCUAGACCUCUCUUAUGGAGAUAAUGAUGAUUUCUCACCAAAUGCUAGAAGAGCAGAACAGGCUGCAGUGAACAAGGACACUUGAGACACAACCUUGUCCACCUGACUUGCUAGCUGCUUUUGGAACGAUAAACUUGAACGAUCGCAACUCUCCACUCCGCAUCCCCACUCCCUUUGAUCUACUAAUUUAAUGCAAAUAAUUUGAUUGAGAGCAUUCUUGCUUUUUUUUGGGGGGGGGCGCAACAUACACAUAUAUACAAGGUAAAGAUGACUUUUGCCAAUGGAAUACUGCUCCCUUCUACCGUAUUUCUUAUUGGUCACUCUUGCCAUCUUCCCAGUCCUCCUUUUCCUGUUGUCCUGCUCUCUCUUCCCCUCCAACCCUCUAUUUUAUUGCUGGACUAUUAUUCUUGUACAGACUGCAAAAUGUAUUAUUUUGUACUUUAUUGAAAAAAAAAAAAGACUUGUAGAAGUUCCUGUGCCUUGAUCACAACACUGCGUGUAAAAAGGAAAAAAAAGAAGAAAAAAAAAGAGCUAAGCGUAAGGUAUGUCUGCGCUGUAUUGCUUAGCCUCUUAGCCACCCUUCCAACCAAUCAGUUGAGCAUCUUUGUUGCUCUUUCUCUCUCUUUCCCUCAUGCCUCUGCUUCUCCCAUGUUGUGUUAUUCCAGAUUGCUUUACAUCCACAUCCCCCUCCCCUUUCUGAAGAGAGAAAUAAUAAUUAGAACAAGUAUGGAUGUAAAAACAAACAGCUUCUUGGUUUUAAUUGAAUCAAGGAAAUUUGACACCAGUUGUGUGCACUUAACGUUCUGUGCAUUACUGCAGUUGCAGUCCUGUUCCCAGGGGGCUGGAAAAUGACCUUACUGUUUUAUUUCAGUUUUAGCUUUAAGGUUAAAGGUGGUGGGGGAGGGAGCUGGCUAUCCAAUUGCAAAACCUGGCUUGUUUCUACAUUAUUCCAUUUUUCCUAACUAAAGAAGAAGCCAAAAUAGUUCUGUUUUGAGUCAUUCUUCGAUGUGUCUCAAGGAAAUCAUGACAUCAAAAGAGGAUUAAAAAAGUAUUAUUUAUUAUUA